CCGUACCAACUCAGCAGCACCACCAGCAGCUUCGCUUGCUCUCUGUGCCUCUCUGGCUGGCAUGGCGUCUUCUGGCGGCGCGCGCUCACCGGCGGCGGUGGUCUUAGACGACCUUGUGGAUGUUCGCGACCGCGUGGCUAUGCUGCAGACCGUGCUGCAGGAGUCUUCGCCUGGGGCGACCGUAGAAGCGGGGGAGCUGGUGGAGGGGAUGAUGGCCAAGCUGUCAAGCGCCUUGUCGGCCGUUCUCGGCACCGGCGACGGCAGCGUGGCGUCGUCGUCGUCGGGAGCAGGCGGGGGACCGGGCGGGAGGAGGAGGAGAACCGGCGCGGCGUCGUCCGGGCCGCACCGCCGGAGCAGCUCCAGGGGAAGGAUGAAGAGCCCUCUAAUCAAGACGGUCACCGCUACGACGCUCACAGAUGGCAAGUCAUGGAGGAAGUACGGACAGAAACAGAUAAAUGACUCAACUAACCCGAGGAGCUACUACAGGUGCACGCAUUUGCCAGAUCAAGGCUGCAAGGCCAAGAGGCACGUCCACGUAUCCGAGGCCAACCCGUCGGAGUACACCAUCGACUACUACGGCCAGCACACCUGCAGGGACCCCUCCACGUUCCCAUCGCUCAUCGUCCAAGGUGCCGCCGACACUGCCCCGCCGCCGGACUGCGCAAACCUCAUCAGCUUCGCGCCCAUCAAUGGAGCCAACCGCGCUUUCACCGCAAGCACGAGCACGAGCGCUUUUGCUCAUCAUCUUAUGAAAGAACCGGUUGAUCAUCAUCCAAUGCUCUUCUCCCAAUUCUCCAACUACAGCUCCUCGCCGCCGGCUCAGGAGGGUAUACCCAGUGGCUCGUCAUCGCGGGCUUGCCACGAAAGGUUCAUGCAGUACGCCGGCGGGCAAUUUGUGGACAUAACUGGCCGGAGUACGUCGCCGUUGACCGUGGGAUCAGCCCCAGCUGAGUACUGGCCAGUGGUGGGUGUUGCCGGUGUCGACAUGGAUGCUGGCGCGGGCAUGGACAGCUUCCCUUCCUCGCCGAGCAGCCUCGGGUUCAUGUCGGGAUCGUUGGGGGGAUCAUUUGGCAACACCGUUUGCGACGACGACCUGUUCAGCUUUGAUUCCUGACCAUGCCUAUGUGCAUGUGCAUGCUAAUUGAGCUAUUAGUUGGGUGUGCUGUCUAUGUAUAUAUGUUGUUGCGGGAUGUCUAUGUAUGUAUAUUGGGCAUGUAUGUAA